CAUCCUCGGUAUGGAAAAUGCCUUCAUCGAAGAGGAACAAACGGAGACACAACAGGAACCGUGUUAUUAAAUGAAGCAAAGCGUUCAUCUUUCAGGGAGCUGAUGUAACCCUGUGUCGGCCAGCUAAAUUAGAGGAAUGUCAAAGUGGUCAAAAGAAUUGCUGGUGGGUCAAGGCAGUGGAGAGGCUAUUCCUGCAAGCCCCAGACUGCGGAGCCUCCCAGCUGGGAGCCCGAGGUUGCGUCGGGGCCACAGCUUCCAGGUUUCACCCCCACGGAGGGAAAUGCCGUUAUAUCUGCAAGCAGAAACCAUGGAUAAGGCCAAAGAGCUGUUUGUUCUGUGUGACAAAGAGGGCAAAGGGUUCAUCACAAAACGGGACAUGCAGAGGCUCCAAGAAGAGUUGCAGCUCCCCCCAGAACAACUUGAAAUGGUGUUUGAAAGUCUGGACCAAGAGAAAAAUGGAUUCCUUACUGUUGCUGAGUUCAAAAAAGGGUUGGGUGAGCUGAUGAGGCAGGAGAACACAACCGACCUGAGUCCAGAUGGAGCAGAGGAGGACGGAGACAAAGACGACUGGUCCCAGGACCCUUCUGCAGUCUCAUUUGUCAGCAUACUAGCGGAGCUUGGAGCAGAAAAGAUCUUCACAGAUCAGCAGGAGCUUUGCUUCCUGUGGUGUGAGCUCCAGAGGGACCGGCCGGAGCUGCUCAGCACCCUGGAGAGCAUUCUGGUCCACACAGUGUCACAGCUGCAGGACGCCAUCAGAGAGCGAGACAGUCUGGAGCAAGCUCUGCGCAGAAGGGAGUGUGAGCAUGAUCAGAUGGUUCGGUCCAUAUAUGAAGAAAUGGAAAAUCAAAUUAAAGAGGAGAAGGAGAAACGGCUGGCAGAGGACAGUAUUAAAGAGAAGCAGAGGAGUCAACAGCUUGAAGAGGAGCUGAGGACGCGGGAGCAGGAGCUUGAGAGUUCACUGAGCAAACAGAAGGAGCUUGAAACCAGAAUUCGACAUCUAAUCCGCGAGCAAGCUAACAUCAAGGAGCAAAACCAGCAGCUGCGGAGCCUCAACAUGCAGCUGCAUGAGCAGGUGGAGAGCAGCAAAGAGCAGCUGCAGACCGCUCUGAGUCAGCUCGGCGUGCUGCAGGCCAGCGCUGCCCAGGAACACGUGGACAAACAGAGAAAUGUCAUGAAGGUGUCCAGCAACAUGAAGAAAGAGAAGGAUAGUCUUCUGAAGCAACUUGACAUUCUAAGGGACAUGAACAGAAAACUACGAGACGAAAAAGAUGCCCAACAACAAUCCCAGAGGAGGGUCAGUCACAGACACUUUACCGUUCCUCUUUCGCCUUUUAAUUACUACCACAGUGACAACUUCUCUUCCCCUCAGCCACAGUAUAUCUAUCCAACCUAAGCUGAGUCUCAUAAAAGCCCGACGUGUUUUUCCUUUUCCGUUCAUUUUCUGAUCAAUGAUUAUUUAAACUCUGUCGUUUUCUUUUGUGAAUGUGGUCAGUGAGGCGAUGGAUUGUGCUGAAUUGUCAUUUACUGUUACCUUUGUCAAUGUAAACAGAAAGAAACUGGUUAAUGUUUGUCUUUUUGUCUACAAAUAACAGAGUUCUUGCUGAUUCAGCAUUAUUUGUUCAGUAGAC